UUAGUACUGUCGAACCAGCGUUGUCAUCGCAGUAAUACUAACGUUAGGCUUGAGUUUUCUGACUUUUUUAUAGUGCUAGUAGUAGUAAUAUUAAUAUUAGCAAAGUUGUCGAACUAUUAUCAGGAAUUUUCUAGAAGGAAGACAAUGUUUCGUAAUCAGUAUGACAAUGAUGUAACAGUUUGGAGUCCACAAGGGAGGCUUCAUCAAGUAGAAUAUGCAAUGGAAGCAGUAAAACAAGGAUCAGCUACUGUUGGUUUAAAAAACAAUACUCAUGCUGUUCUGUUGGCAUUGAAGAGAGCAUCUUCUGAACUAUCAGCACAUCAGAAAAAAAUCAUCCCCAUUGACAGUCAUGUUGGAGUAUCUAUCGCAGGUUUAACUGCAGAUGCUAGAAUUUUGAGCAAGUUUAUGAGAGCUGAAUGUUUGAACAAUCGUUAUGCACUUGAUUCUCCUCUGCCAAUUAACCGUCUAGUGUCUAUUUUAGGAAACAAAAUGCAAACAUGUACUCAGAGAUACGAUCGAAGACCGUAUGGAGUGGGAUUACUGGUAGCAGGAUUUGAUGAUCAUGGGCCCCAUAUCUACCAGACCUGUCCUUCUGCUAACUAUUUUGAUUGUAAGUCCAUGGCUAUAGGAGCUCGUUCUCAGUCAGCUCGUACCUAUCUUGAGAAACACUUGGAUGAGUUUAAAGUCUUUAACCUAGAAGAGCUGGUCAAAAACGGGCUGAGAGCACUACGAGAAUGUCUCCCUAAUGAGGUCGAACUCAACACCAAAAAUGUCUCUAUUGCUAUAGUUGGACAAGGAAUGGACUUUACAAUUUAUGAAGAUGAUGCUGUUGCUCCCUAUCUUGCUGGUAUUGAAGGUGAGGAAAGGUCUCGUCAUCCGCCUCCAUCAGAUAGCUCAAGCUCAAGGAUGGAUGAAGACAAAGAACCCCGACCAUCUGGCCCUACACCCCCAGAGACUCAACCUGAUACUGCAACAGAAGAGAGAAUGAGUGUGGAUUAAAUUGCUGUCACAUCCAGACUUUACUAUUAUUCUAAGUGAUUUGAUCUAGGGAAAUAUGUUAACAAAAUAAAGUCUUUAAAAAGUAAUAAAA